AUGGCGGCUGCAGCGGUGGUUGAGUUUCAGAGAGCACAGUCUCUCAUUAGCACGGAUCGCAACGCCUCCAUCGACAUUCUCCACUCAAUCGUGAGAAGAGAUGUCCAAGAGAACGAUGAGGAAGCUGUCAGGGUUAAAGAACAGAGCAUCCUGGAGCUGGGAACACUCCUGGCCAAGACGGGACAGGCUGCAGAACUGGGAGGCCUGUUGAAGUUUGUUCGGCCUUUCUUGAUCUCCAUCAGCAAGGCUAAAGCAGCAAGACUGGUGCGCUCUCUGCUCGACCUCUUUCUGGACAUGGAGGCAGCUACAGGGCAGGAGGUAGAGCUGUGCCUUGAGUGCAUUGAAUGGGCCAAAACAGAGAAGAGGACCUUCCUGCGGCAAGCUUUGGAGGCACGUCUGAUUUCACUCUAUUUUGACACUAAAAGGUAUCAAGAGGCAUUGGCACUUGGUUCUCAGUUGCUGCAGGAGUUGAAAAAGAUGGAUGACAAAGCUCUGCUUGUCGAGGUUCAGCUUCUGGAGAGCAAGACGUACCAUGCUCUCAGUAACCUCCCCAAGGCCCGCGCUGCCCUCACCUCCGCCAGAACCACCGCCAACGCAAUCUACUGUCCACCAAAGCUCCAGGCAGCUCUAGAUAUGCAGUCAGGGAUAAUUCACGCAGCUGAGGAAAAGGACUGGAAAACUGCCUACUCCUACUUCUUUGAAGCCUUUGAGGGUUAUGACUCCAUCGACCACCCCAGAGCCAUCACAUCACUCAAAUACAUGCUCCUCUGCAAAAUUGUUCUGAACUCACCAGAGGAGGUACAAACCUUGAUCAGUGGUAAACUAGCGCUGCGAUAUGCUGGUCGGCAGACUGAUGCCCUGAAAUGUGUUGCCCAGGCCAGUAAGAACAGAUCAUUAGCAGACUUUGAAAAGGCCCUAACAGAGUACAAAGCAGAACUGCGAGACGACCCAAUCAUCAACACACACCUGGCCACGCUGUACGACAACCUGCUGGAGCAGAACCUUAUUCGAGUCAUUGAACCAUUUUCCAGAGUACAGAUAGAACACAUAUCCGGUUUAAUCAAAUUGUCAAAGGGAGAUGUAGAGCGGAAACUAUCACAGAUGAUUUUGGACAAAAAGUUUCACGGCAUUCUUGAUCAGGAACAUGAGCAAAGUCGUGGACUCACUUUACAACAAAGCAAAGAAGUUAACAUAGACAAUAUUACUAUGUCCCGUUCGAUGGAGGAACUGUGUGUGUUUGACCAGCGUGAUGUCCCGCCCCUCUCAGCAGAUCGCACUUGA